AUGUCCGACCACCCCCUCCUGAUCCACGAAUCCAGAACGCACUCUGCAUCUCGGCCCGACCAGGAGGACUUUUCGCCGUCGUGCCCGUUCUGCGCCAUCGCGGCCACGUACUCCCCGACAUCUCCUUUGGGGAACCCAGAGACGAUGGCCAAGGCCCUCGACCCGGAGGAGCUCGACCCGCUGUCGUUUGUGCUCUACUCGAGCGAGCACGUCGUGGCGUUUUUGGACAUCAUGCCCCUGACGAGGGGGCAUGUGCUGGUCGCACCGAGAAAGCAUCGUGUCAAGGUCGGGGAUUUGAGUCCCGACGAGGGCGCGGAGAUCGGGAGAGUCCUCCCCCUUCUCACACGCUCCGUCAUCAAGGCCGUCCUCCCAGACAUCCCGCACGAGGAAGCCGACUACAACGUGGUACAAAAUAAUGGCCCCGGCGCCGCCCAAGUCGUCCCGCACGUCCACUUCCACAUCGUGCCCCGACCCCCCCUGAACUACACGUACCCGCAACCAUCAUCAUCAUCAUCAUCCUCAUCGAGAAAGAAAUACCCGCCCAACCGCGCCCCCUCGGGCCGUCAAGCCUCGGCCAUCCUAUUCGGGCGAGGCAUGCGCGAGGACCUCGACUACGACGACGCCGCGGUGUUGGUCGAGGAUAUGAGGGCGGCGAUUCGGGAGGAGUGGGAAAGGACCUUUGGCGCAAGGGAGGGGGAACAAGCGACGACGAACUCGGCGGAGACAGUCAGUGGGAUGAGGAGCUUGAACCUCACUGGUGGCACGGAAGGAGGCCAACGCGGAUGCCGAAGUGGUAGGCGUCUGCCCUGGAAGGUCUAA